AGGGAGGAGCCUGCCGUCCGCCAAGGCGCCGAGCCGGCGGCAGAGACGGACUCCCCGGGGGAGGAGUGCAGCUGGGCAGGCCUCUUCUCCUUCCAGGACUUGCGAGCCGUGCAUCAGCAGCUCUGCUCGGUGAACUCGGAGCUAGAGCCCUGCCUGCCUGUCUUCCCCGAAGAACCCUCGGGCAUGUGGACGGUGUUAUUCGGGGCCCCGGAGUUGUCCGAGCUGGAGAUGGACUCCCUGUGCUACCAGCUACAGGUUUACCUGGGCCAUAGUUUGGACACCUGCGGAUGGAAGAUCCUUUCUCAGGUGCUCUUCACCGAGACGGAUGACCCCGAAGAGUAUUAUGAGAGCCUGAGUGAACUGCAGCAGAAGGGCUACGAAGAGGUGCUGCAGCGGGCCCGCAAACGCAUCCAGGAGCUGUUGGAAAAACACAAGAAUACAGAAAGCAUGGUAGAGCUGCUUGAACUUUAUCAAAUGGAAGAUGAAGCCUACAGUAGUCUUGCUGAAGCUACUACAGAACUCUAUCAAUAUCUGUUACAGCCGUUCCGAGAUAUGAGGGAACUUGCAAUGCUCAGAAGACAGCAGAUUAAGAUCUCCAUAGAGAAUGAUUACCUGGGUCCUAGGAGAAUUGAGAGCCUACAAAAAGAAGAUGCAGAUUGGCAGAGGAAAGCCCACAUGGCUGUCCUUUCUAUUCAAGAUCUUACUGUCAAGUACUUUGAAAUCACAGCCAAAGCACAAAAAGCUGUGUAUGAUCGAAUGCGAGCAGAUCAGAAAAAGUUUGGUAAAGCUGCGUGGGCGGCAGCAGUAGAACGUAUGGAAAAGCUCCAGUAUGCAGUUUCUAAGGAGACUCUGCAGCUGAUGAGAGCUAAAGAAAUCUGUUUGGAGCAGAAGAAACAUGCACUGAAAGAAGAGAUGCAGAGUUUGCAAGGUGGCACAGAAGCUAUAGCCCAGUUGGACCGGUUAGAAGCUGAUUAUUAUGAUCUUCAACUUCAGUUGUAUGAAGUGCAGUUUGAGAUCUUGAAGUAUGAAGAACUGCUGCUGACAGCACAACUUGAAAGCAUCAGAAGACUAAUAUCAGAGAAGAAAGAUGAAGUGGUGUAUUAUGAUACUUAUGAAAGUAUGGAAGCCAUGCUCGAAAAAGAAGAUAUGGCAACAUCUAUGCACUUACAAAGAGAGGAACUGCAGAAGUUGCAACAGAAAAUCCGCCAGCUGGAAGCAAGGCGUGGACGCAUUUCAGCCAAGAAAGCCUACCUCAGAAACAAAAAGGAAAUCUGUAUUGCAAAGCAUAAUGAAAAGAUCCAGCAGCACCAUCAGAGUGAAGAGGAAUACAGAAUGCAUCAUACUCUGCCGCUAAAGCAAGAUCACCUUCAAGAUGAAGAGGAAAGAAAGAGCUCCUGGGUUAGUCAGGAGCGACAGAAAACACUGGACAGACUUCGUACAUUUAAACAGCGGUAUCCUGGGCAAGUAAUACUUAAAUCAACCAGACUGCGACUGGCUCAUGCAAAAAGUGGUAGUAUACCCACCUCACUGUCCUGUGUAGAUCAACUUCAAACUCUACCAGUAACCACGCUUAUCCAAAAGAAAACCAAAGAGGUGGAAUCAGGAAAAAUAAUCCAGCCUUUACAAAGCCAGGAUGCCAGAGGUUUAGAACAACUUGAAAAUAGUUCAUUAUCUCCCAGUGGCACUACCUCUGAACAGUCCCAUCAUACUCCUCCUCCACUUCUUGCCAGUAAUGAGCUUCACCCAGAUACUGUUACUAUAGUUCCACUCCCUCCUCCUUUGCCUCCACCACCACCACCACCGCCACCUCUGCCCAUCAAGGAAGAUUCUACUGAAUCCUUAGAGAAAAGUGACAGCCCUGUUAAACAGGAGAGUGAAGAUAAGGGAGUCCCACAGUCUACUACUGUACUACCAUCAACUGUCCCAUCAGCACACCUUUUUGAUAGCAAUCAGUUAGUCAGUGCCAAGAAGAAACUUAAGAAGACCGAUCUAGAAGGUUUACAAAGGAGAAGAGUGAGUUCCCCAAUGGAUGAGGUGCUGGCUUCCUUGAAGCGUGGUAGUUUUCAUCUAAGAAAGGUUGAACAGAGAAAUCUCCCUCCUUUCCCUGAUGAAGAUGACAGCAAUAAUAUCUUGGCACAGAUAAGAAAAGGGGUGAAACUGAAGAAAGUACAGAAGGAUGUUCUGAGAGAGUCUUUUACAAUUCUGCCUGACACUGACCCCUUAACACGGAGCAUCCAUGAAGCACUGCGGAGGAUUAAGGAGGCAUCACCUGAAUCAGAAGAUGAAGAGGAGAGUUUGCCUUGCACAGACUGGGAAAGUUAACCUGUGAUAGCAGCCACUGAAGUAAGGAAAAACACAACAAAAAGUACCCCACAGUAGGAGAUCAAUCUUCCUCUUCAUUUCAGAAAAUUCAAAUCCAGCGAUUUUCACCAUCAACUGCAUAGUAGAAAAAGGUUUCUUUUGGCAAAUGAUUAUGUGGAAAAAACAUAACAUUGAUUUUGUUUUUCAGUUAUUUUUUUAUUCAUUCCACAAGUGCAAGGUUGGACAAAAAGCUAAGUUGCUUAGAUAUACAUUUAAUAACUGUAAUGAGAAAUGGCUCUUCAGGAUGUUUUUCCAAUUCUUUAAGCACUUUUUACAUUUGUGUUAGUGGCCAGUUAAGUGAUGGAACAUUUCAAGUGGGAAGAAUGCUGCAGUGAUAAAGUUACUGGGGGAUAUAGUUAGAACAUCAGGACAGCUAUGAAACCUACUCUUCAGUGCACUGAAAAUAUCAUCUGCUUGAAAGAAAUUUAAUGGUUGUACCACAAUGGCUAAAAUUGCAAUAGAGAUACAACUAAGUUCUCUUUAGUAGUUCUUCUCACUGCGAAGAAAUGUGUACUUGUAUGAAAAAUAACACAUGACUGUGCAGUCUAAGGACCAUAACAGAAUACAUGUAUUUAAGGAUGUAUGUGUUUACAACAUAGUACACUUAACAUGGCAUAUUAUAGCACCUUUUUAGAAGGUCAUAUAUAAUCUUAAAUCCUACAUUUUACAAGAUUUUCCAUGUUUUUUAAACAGUAGUAUUUAGGUGAGAUGAACUGAAGUAAUCAUUAUACCAUACAUACAAAUUUGUGAUAAGAAGCAAUAUUUUGUAAUUUAAUAAUACUUAAAAUUGUUUUGUUAGCUUGAACUGUUCUUGUUUGUUUACUGUGAGCAAUCUUUUCUUUCUUAUUUAAAGAUUCUUUAAAGAGAUUGCAGGACUUAAACACAUUAACACUAGUUACAAAAGUUAUGCUUCUCUGUUAGUAGUUAGUAUUUCCUUUAGUGGCUAUAAAAAAUUAUACAUCAUACCUGUUCAUCUGAAAACUACACUUGUUGGCUGUAUGUGGUUCUAAAGGAGGAGGGUACAGUCUUCAGUACAGGAAGAACUUAAAGAAAUAAUCUUAAAUUGCAUGACUAAUAGCUGCAGGCAGCUAGUUUUAUAAUGCCAGCGUACUUAAAGGUACAUCUUACACAGGUUUAAGUAAUCUUGUAUCAUGUUCAAAGCUCUUUAUAAUGUAUAUUAUUUGACACUCCAGUUAUAUGAAAGUCUCAACCAGUGUUUGUUUUAUUAAAUAUAUACUGAGACCCACUUUAACCCUUUUCCUUUAUAAAAUUUUUAUUACUCAUUUUAAGAAGGAUUUAUUUUCAUUUAGAAGCAGAUUAAUGAAUUGCAACUGUUGUGUAAUGGAGCACAUAGUCUCAACUUUUAUAACAGUUCUUUUAAAAUAGUUGAGAGCAAGAAUACCUGUCUUGGCAAUAGGUGUUAUUACCAGAAUGAACCUCAGAUCUUGGAAACUGUUCUGCAAUUAUUGUCUGAAAUAAUAAAGAUCUCUCAUGUUUUGAAAGAUAAUUUGCCACUCUGUACUUGACACUAAUAGGCAUUCUUCUUGAGCUUUUUGCCUUUAGUGAUUCAUUUUCAAAAUGAAUGUUUAUAAGCAACAUUUUUCAGCGAUACCACCAGUUCUGUACCUGGUAUCUGCUUUCAGGGCAUCAUUUUAUGUGGACAUAGCAUCAGUUCUAUGACAUAUCUAUCAUUAACUUGUCAAGGACCUAACAGUUCAAGUUUAUUCCCAAAUUACGUCUAUGUUUUUACAUUUAUCAUUUCAAAAUUUACUAUGUGUAAUCAUUUAGCAUAGAUAAUAAAUGUAAGUAGUUUGUGUGCCUUUGGUGUAUGUACGGGCAUCAGUACAAAUGGGGUCCAGUGUAUGAAUUUUUAGCUAUAGUAUAAAACACAUAUUUGCAAGUUAGGAUAUUAUAUGAGUGUUAGACCAACAACAAAGUGACAUCAAAUAUGUCCAGUUUUUCUUGCUUUAAGAAACAAAAGUGUACAGGGUGCAUAUAACACUGGCAAAACUUGAGUUGAGAGAAACUGUACUUUGAAAACAGGAAUAAUGUUCCUGCCCCUUGCACUAAACUUAUCCACAAAUUUAUCUUUAUAUAGGGAUCUGUUUAAAUAGCUCUGCAUUGUGCUGUACUAUAGUUCUCAGAUUUAUCUACAUAUUUGUCAACUUUGCCUUGAAAACUUGUUCAUGAUUAAAAAUAAACCUGUCCUUGCUACAUUUAUACUUAGUUAAAAUAUUCGAUACCUGACUGACUUUGUAUGCAUUAUUUAUUCAUAGGAAUAUCAUAUUUUAUGUACAUACACCCAAAAGAGAGCUGCUAUGCUGAGCAUAACAGUUUAUAUCAAAUUCAAACUCCAACUUUAAAGUAGUCACUGGAUGUCACCUUUUCAAACAAUUCUCCAAUUUAAGAUAUAAAAAUUAUUCACGUAGUAAUUUAUAACUCCAUGCAUAAAAACACUUCCAAGGCUUUUCUAUGCGGAUUUAUACUGGUAUUGCAAUAGAAGUUAUAUGGGGAAAGUCCAAUUACUUUCACAAGAGUUACAGAAAUUUUAUCAAUCCUUGCUACUUUGGCACAUCUGUAAUUGACAGCAGGUUUAUUGAACAACUCUACUUGAGAGACCAUGACAAACAUCACUAUGGAGAUGGCAUUUAUACUUACAUGUAUGCAAGAGGGGAAAAAAAGUUUGCACAUAAAAUGAUCACUAGAAAUUGUCAGUAUUUGCUCUUCAUGGUUGCAGUUCAUCAACAGUGCAUGCUAUAUGCCAGGAAAACUUGCUUGUUUAUUCAAUAGAACGGUUAGGGAAAAGUCCACUGAAGUAAUUGGAAUUUCCCAAUCUGAAAUACAUAUAAAUUCAGGAAACAUGAGUACAUACCGUAAUUUUGGGGACUGAAAAUUUAUCAGAGAGAAAAAGGAAUUAAAAUGGUUUAUUUCUAGUAGAGCAACAAUAAAUGAAAGAUAAACAGCAAUAUUGUUUUUUUUAUCAGGAAUGGGAUUAACAUUUAUUUGAAUUUCUGUAUCUUCCUCACAGUGGUCCCAAAAUCCAUUAAAAUGACUAAUGUUCUUCACUUUCUUAUGUUUGCAUAUUUUGUUUGAUUUACUUUUUAGAAUAGAUGAAAGUUUUGUUUUUCUCUAAUGCUAUUUUUUAAUAUUUCUUAAGUUUAGCAGCUUGUAUUCUACAACAGAUAUCUGUAAAAUAAGUUAACUUAAUCUGAUACUGUGUUCAAUGGCUGCGUCAGGGAUUUUGGAUUCAAUAGACUUCAUCAAAUUCUUUGUACAGAAUCACUUUCACUUUCAGCAUUAUAUUCUGUUAAAUCAAACUAUGAGCAGUUCAUUAUUGAAAUGUGUAACCAGUUGAGAUGAGGAAGCAGAAACUCUCAUUAGUUAAUGUUAUCUUUUAUUCCUUUUGUUGCACUGAAUUCAAAGACUGAAAUUGUAAAUUAAGGUUACUUGCAGUUUAAACAGAUGUUUUCAUUGUAAUGCUUAUAUACUUACUUUCUUGUGUUAUUUCUGGUAAUGAUCCCAUAAGCAUGAAGCAAGAUAUUAUGCAUAAUGUUAGCAAAUCAAUAUGUUACAGACAAGAAGGCUCAUUGCUAAGAGAGAAGCAGUAAGAGCUGUAAGCACCUUACUGAGAAAGCAUGUUGCAUUUAUUGAAUGCUAUUGGAAUAUAUAGGACAACAGGUUUAUUCUAAAAAGUGCUCUUUUGUACAGUGAAGCACAUUGACCUGCACUGCUAUCUAAUGCUGUGUAAAAUUCAGCAGUGGCUAUUUUAAUCAUAUAACUAUACUAUAAUUUAAAUUUUUCCUACAAAAUUAAUUUUAUUUGUUGCCUAAAACAUCAUGUAUUAAAUGUUACAAUUUUUAGGAAGGGGCUGAGUAUGCCAAUGUAUUUUGGGGUGAGUGUUGUUAUGUUAUAUAUUAUUCUUUGCACUGCCCAUUCAAUGAUGACUUUGUCCAAAAUUUCUGGCUUUGACAAUGGUGAAUCUACAUCUUGGAAUUCAAAGAACUUUAUUGUAAUUUACACCUCCUAAGACCUGCCCUUGGGCCUCAUGAUAUUACCGAUCUGGUCUUCCUUCCAUUCCUCCAUGUAAAUGCUCAGAUGUUCCAUUUUUAAACAUAAUAUGACAAAUUAGUGGCUUUAUUUGACCUAUAAUUAUGUGAAUGAGGAAACACUGUCUGUAUUGGAUAGCCACUGGCUUGAUCUUAGCUAUCUGCUAAAA